UGGUGCUUACAGGACAUUGGUAGAUUCACCAUCUCACCUACCGAUGGCAUUUGGGACUUCUAAGAACAUGAACAGCCCCAAGCUACAAAUCAAGAUGAGCUCGUGGACACCUCUGAGCAACCCAGCCAUGAACGAGCAGGUAUUUGAAGAAAGAAGAGCCCUGUUCAGAAAAUGGUUUAUCAAGUGGACAGAUGCUCAGAGACAGAAGAUCCUGGUGGAUCAGUUGGAGCUCUGCUCCCUGUCCCUGAAGAAAUUCUGUGCCCAGAAGCUACAAGAUCGAAUUCCUAUCGAAGCUCUAGAUUUUACCGUGAAGCUUCCUAGAGUUCUGUCCCUGUACAUCUUCUCCUUUCUGGACCCACGGAGUCUUUGUCGAUGUGCGCAGGUGAGCUGGCACUGGAAGAACCUGUCUGAACUGGAUCAGCUCUGGAUGAAGAAAUGCUUGCAUUUUGGUUGGUACAUCAACUUCAUUCCAACCCCCUUUGAGCAAGGAAUCUGGAAGAGACAUUACAUUGAAAUGGUGAAAGAGCUGCGUGUUACAAGACCAAAGACUGCUUCGAAGGAUGAGUCCAUAGUUCCUGAAGUACAGAAAGUGAGAAGUAACACUCCAGAAGGAAAACGUUCUGCACCAGAAAAGAAGACUAGAAAGAAGAAAAAAGAAAUUCCACCCUGGCGUUCACCAGACAAGUGCCCAACAGACACCAUGCAAUUCAACUGCCUGAACAACUAUGAUCCCAUCGAACAGGCCAGGCAGGCGAGAAAGAAAGGAGGAGGGGAGACCCCAGACCUUAGCCGGCAAGCAGCUGGGAAAAAAAAGAAAGCAGUUUGUGGAUCUAGGAAACUCCAGAAAUCAACAUCACUGCUCUCACUUACUGAAGACCUUGGGUUGACUCAAAAACCACCAGCUCGCCCCAGCUGGGCCACUUCCCAGCCCAUUGGGAACCUACCUUACAGAGAAGCAGCAAAGACCCUCGCCCAGAGCUCCCAGUUCAAUGCUGGGAUACGACCUGCACCUGUUCGAGCUCCAGUGCCAAAACCACGUGCCAGAGAAAAGAAAGACUUCACAGAGACGACCGCCACAUGUCCAUCCUCUCCGCAAUGUGAGGCUCAGCCUAGGCUCAUUCCUCCAUCAGAUAACAAUCUGGUACAGGCUAAGGAAGGAUCUGAAGCAUCUAUCUCAGUGGAACAGAAGCUUACCUGCCUGGAUGGGGGAGACAACAGCAGCGUUGCCUGAGUCAUAGACUUUCAUUUACUAUACCAUGCAAAUAAAUAGGCAUGCAAGUCCUGCAUCUGUUCUCACUUAUCUCUCCAAAAGAAAACUUGACUGCCUUGCUGCCAGUUUUGAUGUUGGAGCAAUGGCUUUGUACUUUUUUGGAACUGCAGCAGCUGAUGCGAUGCCUCCUGCCUGCCUUUAAGUCUCCUGGUCCAAGCUGCAGCAAGUCAAAUGUUUACCUGAUGUGCUUUUCACCCUGGCUUCAUAUUGCUGGUGCUAUAAUUCUCAUUUUCUUUGGGGUAUGUUGCUUCUGCAGAAUUCACCUUGGCCUUUGAUAACCCUUUUGAAGUUGCCUACUAGAGCUGCUGGACACUCAGCUUGCCUAUGGCACAGGGACAUCGUGGAGCACAUCCUAUGGCCAGAGCUGCUUUGUUCUGCUCUCACAAUGAAUUGCAGAAGCUGCCUGUCUGUGGGCAGUGAGGGGAUUGUGGAGGACAAGUGAAGACUACUGGUCACCACUGGCCACCUGGGUGAUGUAAACUGUAUCCCCCUCACAGCACAACCACAGAGUGAGUGGUUUACAACCAGUAUUUACAAACAAUGUGUUCCUUCAGUUGUAACCUCUAGCACCUACCAAAUCACCUGGACUGAAGAAAGCAUCGCAGCAUCCAAGGAAAAAGCCUUCCAUAUGUGAGAGAAAGGAGGCUUGGGGAGAAUGAGGAAAAGGCUACUUAGUGCUCUACUGAAGUCAGAAAUUUUCUCAUGCUGUACAAGGCAAGUCCAUCAUUUCAAUCGUGUUAGUGAGAAUGAAGUCAAAUCCCACCCUCUGGAUUACAGCAUUGCACAGGGCACUGCGUAGGGAGCUGGCACUGGUUUAAUUAUUUACAGCAUUAUUUUCCACAAUUAUGGAAAUGUAGCAAAUAGCAGUUUUUAACAAUAGGGGGACCAAAUGCAUAACAACUGUAACUUACUGCCUUAUAACCCAGACAGAGCUGAAAUAAAACUGAAACUUUGCACACACUAGGAAGGGCCACAGCAUCCCCAUGAAUUCUCAGCAUUUAUAGACUAGAAAUCAUGUCUUGGAGAAAACACCAGCCACUUUGUGAUAAAGAUUAGGAGAAGUCUUCCAACUCUGUGAACAGAUUAUCCCAUACCAUGUCAUAUGAGGGUGUCAAGUUUUUUGGCACAAGAGACAGUGGCCAUUCUCAAGACCAAGCACAAAGCACCAUAGGUUUUAAUGGAAGGGACAGAAUCUGCCCGUCAGGGCCCUUGAUCGAAAGCCUCAGUCACAGAUUGGCUAAUUCAGCACAUCUCUCUCUCCCUGAUGUUAUGUUGUGUUUCUAGUUGCUCCAUAUGCUUGGAAGAGGGAUUUCAUCUCAACCAAAACAACAGCCUAAAAGCUCUUCACCUCAGAAAUGAUUAGCUGAAAUAUGAACUCCCGAUGGGGAGUUAUUUUCUUUCUUGAACGGUUGGACUGGAUGAUCCUUUGGUCUUUUCCAACCUUGGUGAUUCUAUGAUUCUAUGAUUUUAUGAUUCUAUGAACACACAGGUGGCAGUCAGCUCUUAUAUCAUCAAUUAUGCAAGAGACCAGAACGACUAACUUAGAUUAACACAGCUAACUUUUGGGUAUGUGAAAUUAGGUGAGGUAAAUCCCACUCAAAGCAUUCGCCAGGCAUUUGCUGGUAUUGCAGAUCUCUCCCAAUAAGUCUUUUCCCACGGAAAACCAACUUAAAGACUGCUUCACAGAUGUUUAUGGCUGGCUUAAGUCUAAAUGGUAAUGCCAGCUCCCUUUUUGUCUCAGGAACUGUGAAGUUUCCUGGGGCAGCAGUUAGUGCUUUGUUACAAACAGCAAAUGGCCAUGCAAGGAAAUGAUGUAAACCUCCAUCAAUGGUGUUUCUUUUCUCACCAGUGAGCACACUCAUUGGAAAUAUAAUGUUCCCAAGGUCUGUCAAGUCUUGGAGCUGAAUGCUCAAGCAUUGCUGCAGCAAAUAGUGCACCUCAAGUGCUCACUAUAAGCUCAGGCUUCUCCAGUUUAAAACACUUCUGUAUUCGUGAUGUUAUAAAAUAACUAAGAGUAACAUUCUCCAGGAAACUACCAAGCCAAGUGGUCCAUCCAUGAAGUAACAGCAGACCUGCAUUAAGCCUGGAUGUAACUUCUACCAAUUAUGGAGUUGGACUCUGUGAUCCUUAUGGGUCCCUUCCAGCUCGAGAUAUUCUGUGGUACUGGAAUAAAAUGUAUGUACUUACAACAUACUUUACAAACGUGUCUGAGGUGGCAGAAUACAUCAGACUCUGAAAUGGACAGAAAAGAGAAAGAGUUCUCCACCUGCCUUUGUGGCUGUGCUGCU